CAGACAAAGAUGGAGAUAGAGAGGUAGAGAGACACACGCAGAGAGAGUGAGUAUGAGAGACACAGAGAGAAUAUCCGCCUGUCUGGAUAAAGUUAAUAAACGUAUUUUAGGAUUUUUCAGCUACAAAACGUACUUUCAAGUUUACAACUGGACGAGGUAAUGUAUUUUCGUUUGCCUUUGUUUGUUUAGUAUUGUCAUUUGUUAUAAAGAGAAACAUGCUUGUCUUUACGCUUCAAAAUAGAGAUAUAGGACAUAUAUUUACUUAUUAACGGGACAUUAAAAUUAUGACAUAUUAUAUUAUUUUUAAGAAUCUAGUUUACAAGAAGAUAUUCUCAACCAGACAUGCUUCAAAUGAGUUUGUUUUUCUUAUUUUGUUGUUCCAGAAAAUUAUGAAGCGCAAUAUGUUUUUGAUUUUGUUUGUAUAACUGAAAAUACUAAAGCAGGUUGUUUAUGUCUACAUAACGUAAAUAUACCGGGGACUUUUUUCACUACUCAAGUCAAAGCUUUUCUUAGUACAUUUAUUUGAUUAUCCCCCCCUGAUAUUUAGAGAUUUCGUUUCAUAAAAAGGUUUGGGUCAAAGAAAAAGACAAGAAAAGAGAAAAAGCGCAGAAAGGAGAACACUGACAAAUCAAUAAUUUGCAAUGAAAAUUACAACAGCGUGGAUGUUGUGUGUGGCUUUGUUAUUGUUUAUCAACUAUGCUAGUUGUCAUACAAGAGAUUUGAUACCAUCUACAAAAGCUAAAUUUGAUGAAGACACUGAUCAAAUCUUUACAGAGCUGCAAAAACAACUUGAUGAACUUGAAACACUUAAGAAUGAUGAAAGAACAAAAAAAUCUGUAACGGACGGCGCAGAAGAUUCAAAGGAUGCCAUAAAGAAAUUGAAUGAUCCAAACCAUAUCAUGAAAGCGUUGGAUGUCGUAAAAGGAAUUGGUCCAAACCUAGCAAAGUUUAAGUCAGGAGAUUCUUACGAUAUUGCUGAAGGUGCUUUUGGUAUUAUUGCUGCAGUAACAGCUGCUCUACCACCUCCAGUAGGACCAGCACUUUCAGCUGUUGCGUCAUUAGUCUCGGGCAUCAUACCCCUUUUUAAACCUGCGGCAAAGGAUAAGCAGAUCAUAGCCACAAUGCUAAAGAAUAUACUUCGCGAAGAAAACGAUGAAUUGUUAAAGUCGGAAGUAAAUGGAUUUAAAGAAGAGUUGGAGUCAGCACUUGCUGCAAUAUCAACAACAACAGAGUUUGAAUCAGAUACAUCAAUGCGCCUUUAUACGAACAAGAUCCCUCCAAAUUACGGUGCAAACAUUCUUGGUAAAGUAGGUCACCGAAUACAAGACCGUGCUGGCGAUGAUACUACAAGUGGUGGCAAAGGUGCAUACGGUUUAGCAAUCGCGUUUGUUCAAUUGGCAACGUACCGCGAUCUUGGAUUGAUGAAGAUGAUGACAAUACUGGUAAAAUCAGGAGAGACAGGAAAGGAAAUAGCUGGUGGAUAUCAAAACGCAUUGGAUCAAAAUCGAGACACUUUUUAUCAGAGGCAUCUAAGCUUUUUUCAUGCACCAUCCUUAGCAGUGGCACAAACCAUGGUUCACUACUAUCCACCAGGGCAUAAUAGGCAAAGCAAAUUUCUCUACUCUUUUCUUAAAGCAAACGGAAUAAACGAACCAAGCACAGUUCCCACUGGCAACUAUGUCAUCAAAUCCAAGUAUUGGCCUGCUUAUUAUUUGCGGAGAAGUUUUACUGCUGACUUCACUGAUGGUCUCAGCAUAAGAAUUUUAUAUUCCGUGAGUUAUAAUUCAGACACUCCUACAACAAAAGACAAGAUUCUUCUAACAAAAAAACACAACGGUUAUUACAGCUUUAAAUUCGUUGAUCCGCGAUUCACCGAACAUGAAACAUAUAGGUAUGCGACUUACAACAGCAGGGACAAAUUUUUGCCAUAUGUCAGGGUUGCUGAAAAUCCUCCUUCAACUUAUGGAGAUUUUGUCAUCAUCAAAUACGCGGACCCAAAAGGUACAGUCGUCACAAUAGCAGAGAAGCGUUCACCGACGAAAUUGUGGAAUGGUGGAUCAAACAAGUGGGCUGUAUAUCCAGCAGAAUUAGAUGAAGAGAAUAAGAAUAAGGCGCCGUUUAUACUGCUGAAUUGUAAUACAUCUGAAGGGUCAGAAUGUCCAGAUUGGAAUUAAAAAUGCAGAUGUACAAAACCUAAAAAAAUGUCAGAAUGACUACAGUCGGUUUGUAAACCAUAAUUAGCCAGUGAUAAUGUUAAAGCUCAUAUUAAAAGUGUCUUUAAA